UCCAGCAAAGAUCUACAGAUCUUGUCCUCUUCCAGUCAAUCUCUUUGUGUUUUCUAAGUUAAUAUCAUGAUCAGUUCCAAGAAGCUCAUCAAGCUGGUGAAAAGAUGGCAGAAAUUUGCUGCCAUCCGAAGAAAGAGGAUUUCAUAUCCAAGACUAAAUAAUGAUGUCACGGAUAGCUGUAGUUCUUCCUCUGCUGUUAAUAAGGGUCAUUUUGCUAUCUACACAUCUGACCAGAAGCAGUUUGUCGUUCCUUUAUCUUAUCUCGAGAAUGAAAUUAUUAGGCAACUCCUAAGCAUAUCUGAAGAAGAAUUUGGACUUCCAGGCGAUGGGCCUAUUACACUACCAUGCGAUGCAGUCUUCAUGGACUACAUUAUUUCUCUUCUUAGCCGAGGUUUAUCCAAAGAACUCGAGAAUGCAUUGCUAGUCUCAGUUACUUCGCAUCGGUGUUCAUCAGCUCCACUGCACCAAGAUGGGUGGAGAAAUCAGGAAUUGCUAGUUUGCUGACAUCACUGUCAAUAUUUUUUGUAUAUAUAUAUUAGGAAUUCAACUUAUAGCUUUGAAAUUUCAACAAGUUCCAGUGCUUUU